AUGGCGACUUCUCGACUCCAUUGUCCGAUUUGCGCUGAGGACUUCGAUGACAUCCGGCACGUGCUCCACGACCUCCGUUAUCGUCGUUUCCCUUGCGGUGAGCAAGGAUGUCGACGUGAAUUCUACACGGAGAUUGAGAGGACAGCUCACGCCACCGUAACCCAGCACCAGGAAUCGUUCCGGUCGCUUUCCUUGUGGACACCAAGGAUGCACACUCGAGUUCUACACGAAAGUGGAAAGGACGACCCACUGCACGCAAACCAAUCACAGGAAAACGUUCCGGAUCAUUCGUGUCCCGUACCUCGACAAGCUUGUCAAGUUGAUGAUCAAGGACGCGAGGAGAUUGUUCAAGAGAAGAGCGGCGCCUCCGGCAGCAGUCCGUCCAUGAUGUGUGUCUCGUCCAAUCGUCCGAUCGUGUCUCGUCCAAUCGUCCGAUCAAAUUGUCGUCCCAUUCCCAUCCACUAA